CACACGCGCACCGACUGACAGCACGAGCAGGAGUCGAUGUGUUCCUCUGGACUGCUUUAUAACUCUUGGAUAUUUUUUGUGAACAGUUGGGAAACAAUACAAGGUGGACUAACUCAGCAAACGAAAAAUAAACAUGCUGUGCGUUCGCAGUUCAGGUGAAUGUUUCCGGGACCAGAUGCGCUGCAUGAUGAGGUCUCUGCAGGAUCUGAAGCAGAUAAGAGAACCCGACGAUCAAACGAAUUGCUCAUACGUGACUCGAGCCUGUCAAAAAAGGGCACAACAGCGGGAGCAGCUCAGCCGCCUGCGGAGUUCUGACAUCAGUGACGCCAGCACCUACGAUUCGGCCUGCUGCUUGGACAGUCCGCUGGAGGAAGAGGAGGAUGAGGAGGCCAGUGCUGGCCGUCUACCUCGAGGCUCCCCGAGCAGCAUGAAAAGUCUAGACUUUGAUUCAGGAUACUCUGAAGCAUCGUGGCAGGACGAAGGUGUGGUGUUGAGACGUGCGAGGAAUGUACGCGUUUCAUCGUCCGCGUGCAUCCGCACGAACCAAAUUCGACCUAAAUCCACAUCAGAUGCAUGCCUGGAGCGCUGGAUGCCGUUUGAGGCCAGCGACCCAACGGACUGGACCACGUCUUUGUUAACCCGAGGGCGUAACAGGCAACCAUUGGUUCUUGGGGACAACAGCUUUGCAGAUCUUAUUAAGAACUGGAUGGAUCUUCCAGAAUGCCCAGAUUCUGCAGAACUCAAGCCGAACGCUAGCCGCAAAAUAGCAAAGGACUUUCUGGUCAACAUGCGGCGGAAAUUAGCGGGCAUGUCAAAGGGAGUCGAGGAGAGAAAGGCUUGCACUAAACGCAUGUCUUGUCCGGUGGGAUUUCAAGCCCCCAAACCGUUCUUUCACCAGUCCCACACAAGUUUGCACCAUUUGGAACCAGACUUUUACCAGUUCAGCACUGUCAUGAAGACUGGGAGUCGACAGCCUAUCAUAUGCAAUGACAUCAUUGGAUACAUCUGAUGUGUUUAUUUAAAUGGACUGGACUCUAUUUCUGAAAAAAUCUAAUAUUGUUCUACAUAAUUAAUAAAUGUUUUUAUAUAAAAUAAA